AUGACAACUUUACGUCUACCUUUGCUGGGUGCUUUAGAUAAUGGAAGUGAAGGGGCUGUUGUUCCAACAGGUACCAAAGUGGCUUCCGAAGUUCGGGUGGGCAGAGCAGCACGGUUAGGCGACUUAAACUCUAGUAAUCAGGUAGCCUUCUCGCCUAGUAGUCAGGAUGAAGUCAAAACGAAUUUUUCAUUUGUCUCGCGAAUCAGUAAGAACAUUGAAAAAGUGGAUGCUACUGCAGUUUCUCGCAGUAAAAUGCUUAGUCCUUCCCUCAAGGAAAAAGCUGUUACGCGCAAAGACAAAAUUAAACGAAUCGAAUCGUUCAUGGCUGUAAGCUGCGCAGGGCAUGUACCAGAACAGCAGCGAUGGGCAAAUAUACGGAAGGUUCUGGAUGAUUUGGGUCUUCUUGAGCCCUCGCUUUCUGGCAUCAUUUUAUCACUACGACGAUAUUUGAAGGAUUUAUUAACGGAGACGGAAAGUGUACAGGAGUCGCUGCGAUCCGAAAUACGAAAUGUAGAAGAACGCACCUUCAAAAAAUGUGAAGAUUUUCUUGAAAGUCGAGUUCUUCAAGUUUUGCGUGAUAAGAGAAAGGCAGAGGCAACGGCGAAGCAUUUGCGUGAGGAAGUGCUCAAAUUGAGAAGAGAACGAGAUGAUGAUCUUAUGAAGGCAAAGGAAGAUGUCAUGAUACGCUUAAAUGAUUGUGAAAGAAAAGAGGAUGAAUUUCGCUUAUUUCGAACGCUUAUUGCAUCUGUUUUCAAAACGAAUGAGGGUCUUGUGAAUCGUAUAGAUGACUUGGAGGCACUGCUUCGAAAGCAUCGCAUUGAGGUUCCACGGGUGAACGAGGAUUUAUAUGCGUAUAGUAAACCAAAAGGUGAAACUUCGGCCCCCCAGCAUGUUACUGACGAGGUGAAGAAGAUACGAGAUCAGGUAUCUCUGGAGUUUAUGAAGGCAUCAAGAGAAGAAAUGAAUCUUGCCCGUCUUUCGCUUCAACGAGAACUGUUAAAUAAUGCCUUCGAUGAUAGAACAGCAUAUCGACUUCAGGUAAACGGCCUGCGUAAUGAAAAUUUGUCUUUACAAACACAAAUUGAUGCAUUACAAAAUCAAGUUUUAGGUCUUGAAAAAUAUAUUCAUGAAAAACGCUUUGCGUCUUCAGGAGGGGAUAGUGAUGAGGUUCCACUAACACCAAGACCGAGGGAUGUACCAUUUGCCAUUCAGACGGAUCUUGGAAUUGACUUGAGGAACAGUACGGCGCAGAUUGUAGCAGAGCUUGCGGCGGUGGGAGCAAAUUUAAAGCAUCAAUUAAAUUCAGCUGUUAUGACGCUUCGUCAGUUAAGUUCAGCAGUGGAAUGGAUGGAAGAUGAAACUAUGCUGAAAAUUGCGGAUGAUACAAACACUCGGGGAGUUAUACCAACCUUUCCAACUUCAGCAUGGGCAACUAUUCCUCAUUUUUUGCGUACCCAUGUUGGACCAGAGGUUACUAAUCUUCGAUGGACUGAAACAGGGAUAGCCUUCUUAUUAUCUGUUUUUUUUUCUAAUUAUGACUCAUUGCGGACAGCGUGUCGCUCUGUCCGUGACUCAAAGAUGCUUUACCCUCGUCAAUAUCAACUAUUCGAACGUUGUCAGCAUUUGCUGGUGCGAUUAGAUGCCUCGUUGGAUGAGACCCAAAGAGACGAGAACAAUGUUCCUUUUGGUUAUGUGGUGUCCCAUUUUGUUUCCACCAUGCUCGUGAUGCGUACGGAAGACUCACCCUAUUCUGGGUUACUCCAACCUGGGACUCUCAAUCCAUCUUAUCCAAGUGGUGGGAAGGUGACUCCUGUUGAAAUGGAGUUUGGGAAAUACAGCUAUAAUAUAUGGUAUGCUGCUCAAAGAUACAAGGACCAACAACCAUUGUGUCGAUUAUUUGUGGAUGUGGUGGAUGGAAGAUUACCAGUAAAAAUUUUUGAAGUUACGAGGCAUGUACUACGUGUUGUGGAGAAUCGUAUUCGUAAAUUUGACGUAGAUGGAAGUGGUUUAUUCACCUAUAAUAAGUUGGUGAGCUCUGUACUGAAACUUGUUGCAGAUAUGGAUGCACAAGUUGGGCGUUGUGCAAUUCUUGCAGUAACGGAAACGUUUCAAGCGAAUCAAGCUCCUUUAAUAGGGGGAAGAGUAUUUAUUUCAUCUAUCUUGGCAGAUGAAACAUGUGUGGAAAAGAAUGCUAUUUCUUGGAAUCAGAGCCGUCGUUCAUUUGCGGAUUCACGCUUUCAAAAGAGUCGUGGAAGUGAAGAACCUCAAGGUGCUUCUGUUUUGACCCGUUUUUGGCGCCGCCUGGUCAUUCAGCGCUACGAAAGGGGAUACCGUCUCAUGGAGAGGAUUCUCGGGCCACUGGUGGUAGAAAGUCAGGUAGUCGUUGGAGUCUUUCUGCUACCUAUUCCAAGUGCGUUGGAAGCCGUGAGGAAGUUUGAUAGCCAAUGCGGAACCAUGACGGAGGAGGAGUUCAACACGAAUUUUCCUAUGUUUCCAGAGAACAAGGUUUCAGGUGAGGGGAAUUGGAACCUCUUGUCGGAGACGCAGCAAGUCCCCCCACUCCUCACCAAUGAAUACGCAAACCUUUUGGCCGGACGUAAACCCACCCUUCGAGAGGGUAAAGGUAUUCUGAUGGAGGGACUUUUAAGGACCACAUUGGAAGGCGUGCCUGUAAUCAGUCGUUCGAUGCACUUUCCUACGCAUGAAAAGGAGGGGUCAGAAACGGAUGCAAUAAGGACCCCCGUUGUUUCUGAGGAUGAAACGUUAAAGAGUUCACCGGUAAGGACGGCGCUGGCGAGGAAAAAUGGCAUUCCGCGGGGUAAGCGAGCGAAGGCCAAAGCGGAGAGGAAGUCCAAGGCAGCGACGGCAAGGGUGGAGGAAAGUAGUAAGGCAAACGUCUCCACAUCGUCUUUGCCGGAAAUUAUACCCUCUGCAAUGAUGAUCAAUGCUGACAAGGAGUUGGUGGAGUGGUAUGGUUUUUGUGCAACCCUUCGGCAAUCUCUUCUUAACUUUAAUGAAACCAUUUUUAACGAUGGAAACCUCCAAGGAGAGGGAGUACAGUCUUCAAAUAAAAAUACCGCGUUGCCGGAACUUCACGCCGAAGAGUUAUCUAUAUCCACACAUUGA